GUAACUUCCACCUCUAACUCAAGUCGCCCACUCUUUCUAUUCUUCGAGACCACGUGGUGAAAGGUAUUGCGAUCCGCUUGGAUCAGAGAAUAUUCCGAAUUUCUUGAACUGUUAGUAACGAAAUGUCGGAAACUUCAGAAGACGAUCAGGACCUGCUGCAACCCAGCGACGAGGAGGAGGAAUUGAGUGGCAGCGAAGAGGGAGAAGAUGACGAAGAGGAUGUUGAGGCGGCGGAAGAUGGUUCAGAGGCUGAAGAGGAAGAUGCACAAAAUGGAGAUGAUGCCGAUGACAGCUCCGAAGCUGAAAACGAGGACCAGGAUGAGAACGAAAAGCUGACUUGGAAGGAUCUCGGUCUCAACGACACGUUGUGUCAGGCCUGCGACGAGCUGAAAUGGAAGGCGCCCUCGAAGAUCCAGCGAGAGGCUAUUCCAGUAGCCCUGCAGGGCAAGGAUGUUAUCGGCCUGGCGGAAACUGGCUCAGGCAAGACUGGUGCCUUUGCCCUUCCCAUCCUGCACGCGCUCCUUGAAAAUCCGCAGAGGUUCUUCGCUCUGGUGUUGACCCCAACACGUGAGCUGGCCUUCCAAAUCGGCGAGCAGUUUGAGGCUCUUGGUAGUAGCAUUGGAAUCAAGUGCUGUGUCGUCGUCGGCGGCAUGGACAUGGUGGCCCAAGGACUCCAACUGGCCAAAAAACCACACAUCAUCAUAGCCACACCCGGCCGCCUCGUGGACCACCUGGAGAACAUGAAGGGAUUCAACUUGAAGUCCAUCAAGUAUCUGGUGAUGGACGAAGCGGAUCGAAUCCUCAACAUGGACUUCGAGGUGGAGCUCGAUAAGAUCUUGAAGGUAUUGCCACGUGAGCGGCGCACUUUUCUGUUCAGCGCCACCAUGACCAAAAAGGUGAAGAAGCUGCAGCGCGCCUCCCUUAAGGAUCCGGUCAAGGUUGAGGUGUCCAACAAGUAUCAGACAGUGGAACAACUGCAGCAAUACUAUCUGUUCAUUCCGGUGAAGUACAAAGACGUGUACCUGGUGCACAUCCUCAACGAACUGGCCGGCAACAGCUUCAUGAUAUUCUGCAGCACCUGCAACAACACCGUGAAGACGGCGUUGAUGCUUCGGGCGCUGGGAUUGGCUGCCAUUCCCCUCCAUGGCCAGAUGUCGCAGAACAAGCGUCUGGCGGCUCUCAACAAGUUCAAGGCCAAGGAUCGUUCCAUUCUCAUAUCCACCGACGUGGCAUCCCGCGGCCUGGACAUCCCGCACGUGGACGUGGUGCUGAACUUCGACAUACCCACGCACAGCAAGGACUAUAUCCACCGGGUGGGUAGGACGGCCAGAGCAGGUCGCUCUGGCAAAGCCAUCACCCUAGUUAGCCAAUACGACAUCGAACUCUACCAGCGCAUUGAGCACCUUCUGGGAAAGCAAUUGCCGCUCUACAAAUGCGAGGAGGACGAAGUCAUGGCUCUGCAGGAGCGUGUGGCUGAGGCCCAGCGCACCGCUAAGCUGGAGCUGAAGGAUCUGGAGGACACCAAGGGCGGCCGGGGACACAAAAGAGGCGGCGAUAACCACGAUGAUUCCGAGCACUUCACCGGUGCCCGCAAGCGCAUGAAACCCAUGGGCGGAGGAGGAGGUAGCGGCCCCAAAGGAGGCGGCGGCAAGAAGGGCUUUGGCCAAAAGAGCUGGAACAAGGGGGGCAAAAAAAGAUAGUCUAGAUAAGUUGUGUGAUUAAGUGUACUUUAUUAUUUUAUUUUAUACGAUAAUACAGAGUAAAAUUAAACCAAGGAUAAA